AUGGCUUCCUACCAGUCCGCCAGCGAGGCCUUUGCCCGCGAGAAGCUCUCCCCCAAUGCCGACAAAUCUACAUCGCAAGCCUCCUGGGCCGACAAGUACCGCGGAGCUACCGUCGAGGACCUCGACCCCCCUCUCGCCCUGUCUGUCUCCCCCAACGACCCGAUCUCCUCCGCCCUGAUGGCCGCCUACGAGCGCGACUACACCCACCUCACCGUGAUCUCCUCGGCAAAACGAUCUUUGAUCGGAUACCUCAGCAUCCCCCGGUUGAGGGAGCUACUGAAGGAGGGCGCCGUGAAGGAAUCGGAUUCCGUGUCCGCCGCGAUGCAGCGCUUCCACCGCAAACGGGGCACCUACCAGGUGAUCACCAUGGAGACUCCGCUGGAGGAGCUGGAGCAGUUCUUCGAGAGCGAGGCGGGCCCCAGCGGCGAGAAGAGGGAGAAGCAGGGCUUUGCCGUUGUGACAGACGCCUCGAGGAAGUUCGUGCUGGGCGUGGCUACGAAGGCUGAUCUGGAGGAGUUUGUCAAGAGACGGCCGUGA